CACUUUAAAAAUAAUAAUAAAAAAAUCAAGUUAAAACUCUAAGCCCUCAUUGAAUACAAAUGAAUUAUUUUAAUAAAAUGAAAUAGAUAAAAACAAAUUUUGUUGUUGUAAUGAUGAAAACAUGUUUUUAGAGUGUGCAUCAUGGCUGUCUGGAUGAAGACCAAGCAAAUGUUUGAAGCAGAUUUGUUGAUGGAGUGUGAGAUCUGCUGCUAAGGCUGGACUGACCAUAUGGACGUCAGAGAUCAGAUGUGAUUUAGGCCUGUGAUGGCCCAUGCCAGGCCAGUUGUGAAAGGAGAUACACCAAGCCUAUGGGAUUUUGGGUAAGCACGUGGAGUGUUUGUGUAGGAGAGGAUGUUUAGGGAUUGGUAUAAACUCACACCCUAUAUGGCCCCUCCUCCACUGCAUCAUAGUGCCAACCUGACAGCUCGUGCACUCAGCUAUAUCCAUGUGUGUGUGUGUGUGAGAGAGUAGCGCCUUCAACCACCAGCUGGCAAGGUCAACAUUCACCAGUUAAUCUCUCCCUCUGUCUUUCUUUCUGUUUGCUCUCCCUCCCUCUGUUUCUUUCUGUGUAUGUUUGUAUUACUCUGCAGUUUCACUAGAACAAGAGUUUAUGUCUCCUGUGUUCCAGUCUGGGUCCUCUGUUCUUUCUCUGAGUGACAGGCAGGAACAAAAUGAAUCUGAAUCUUUUUCAUAUGUUUGCACUGAUUUUAGGGGACCUGAAUUCUGCAGACUCAUUGGUUGCUGCUUUAUCAGUAAUUAAAAAUAUUUAUGUAUGAAUGUGAUAGCAGAGCUUAAUUUUCAGCGUCUUCAUUGUCACACACAUCUUUCAGAAAUCAUUCUAAUAUGCUGAUUUGCAGCUCAGUAAAUAUUUUUUAUUAUAAUCAAUGAAGAAAAUGCUCAAAGUUGUUGUGCAAACUGUAAUGCAUUAAUUUCAAAAGAACCGCAUUUAUUUGAAUUCGAAUACAAAGCUUAACUGUCACCUUUGAUCAGUUCAAUGUGUCUUUGCAGCAUAAAAUUAUUCAUUUCUUUUGAAUGGUAUAUAAACUAACUUAAUUUUUUUGAAGAGAAUGUGAUUGGUGAUUACCUGUGCAAAAGUUGCUGCCACAUUGCUAAGGCCUUGCCAGGUUCCUGUUAUGUGGUUUCUGGAUGUACGGGGUAGUUGCUUAUGUUGCAAAUUAAAAGUUUUGAAUUUCAAAAAGGUAUGAAUGUUAGUUAGAUAUCUAGACUAAUAAGUAGGUGGACAGAUGGAUAGAUAGAUGCUUUCUUAUAGACUGCCACUUAUAGAAAUAUAUUAACUUAACGUAUUAGCAUUUGUGGUAAAAGAACACUUCAUUUACGAGAAAGUGAUGUCCGCAUUGAAUUUCUUUGCAUUCAUGUUUAGUAAAUUCCUCUUCCUGUCAUUCCAGUUCAAAUUCCUGUGGGGUGUGGCCAACUGAAAUCAAAUUCUAGCCCAACUCAUUAAUUAAAUUUGAGCCAAUUCUUCAGUUCUGAACCUCGCACAACCCUGUCACUGGCUCAUAUCAGAAGAAUCCACAUGCAGUUCUAGAUAUGACUCGGGUGAUAGUGAUGCUUGCCUUUGCAAGAGCUGCUAAUUGCCUUUAUUUCAUAACCUGGACCAAGCAUUGUAAUAUCAAUUCAGCUCAGCCAGUAAUAAGUGUUUGUAUUUGUGUGUGAGUGAUAAUGGAUGUGUUAAUGACCAAAUAAACCUUCAACCAUCAUUCUCUCUCAUACACAUCAGGAGUGUGUGGUAAUUAAAUAGAGAAGUCUGCCUGUCAGAUUUGCUUCUUGUCCCUCUUGAUGCUAACCCGUGCUGACUAGCUCAUUAUUGGACAGCCAUAAUCGUGUCCCGCCGUCUGGUCAGCACUGGGAGUCACGUGAACAUUAUUUUUAUUUCUGGUUCCCAUUGGGUUUUCUGUUGUUUUUGUCAGUUUUCCGCACGAAAGGUGGAAUCUGACAUCUUUAUGCACUCUGUGUUUUGUGACAUGACGUCACCAUGUCGCAAUACUGUGUAAAUGUCACAUUGUGCAAACCAACAUGCUUUUGUUUUCCCCUCUAACAUGCACACAUGGGCAUCGCUUAUGUAAGAAUGUCUGUGGCAGCGAUUGGUUGUGCUUUCAAAUUUCAUUUAUUAAUUUGUUAAUUAAUAUUAUUCUUCAAAAUAUAUUGUGAAAUAUUAUUAUAAUUUAAAACUAGAUAAAGUACUCAAUCAAACCUUGAAGAUGGCUUGAAGAAGCCUUGACUGAAAGUUUGAAGCAUUUGUAAAAUCUUGAAGUUUACAAGUUUAGAUCAGAUGUUUCUAAUUUGUUAAGACAGCAUGUUUCAAAAAUGAUCAGCAUGUUGCUAUCAUGCCUUAGCAUGUUUCUAGCUUGUUUUGUUUAACAUGAUUAGCAUGUGAUGUUGUUAACAUGUUGUUGGCAUGUUUUUAGAAUAUUAGCAGACAGCAUGUGCAAAUAAAGGGUGGCAACUGUGGGCUCAAUGAAAGAUGGUAGCAGACAUCCACACAGACUAUGCCAUGGCUGCACAGUAAUUUAAUCCACAUUUUUGCAGUAUCUUUUUGUUUCAGCAUAGUCAGCAGUCAUGGUGAUGCACACAAGUGCACAGAGGCAUUUGUGCCAUCUCAAACGUUCUUACACAGAAGGAAAUCACACGGAACAAAGCAGAACAGUGAGUGAUCAGAUGGUAUUGUAUUUGCCUAAUGAAAGUGUAGAGAUUGCAGCAGUGGCGGCGAGAUAAAUGCUCAGGUCCUUUGUUUGGUCGCUUCGCUCUAUUAUGGCUAAACACUCUGACAUUUAAGUAUGACAUUUCUGUCAUUAGACGUCCUGGCAGUAAUUUGCAGCAGAUCAAGGAGGUGUUUAAAGCCAUCAAAUGCUACAUUUCUCUUCCAAAACUCGUUAAAAGUGUUUAAUGAAAUAAACGGCCUCAAACACCUCUAAGAUGAUAGGAGACAUGAGCAGAUUUGUCAUACUUAAUGGUGCUUGCUAUGACAGUAUUAACUAUUGUUUAUACUUUAAGGGUUAGAGUCUUUUCAGAUAAAUGAUACAUCAAAUCAUGUGGAUUGUUAUGUGUGCUGUUAUUUUAAACCAUGGUGGCAGUGAGUUUUGCACAGGUGAGCACAACUUCUGUUUUCUUCAGAUAAUGUAAACAUCUAGUCUUUAAUAGAUUGUGUAGUUAGAGAUCUUACAUGCGACUAUAAAGCACACACACACUUCUUGGCAGAACUGCAGAUAUUAUGGUCUUGUCAGGCUUUUCAGAUAUCAAUGGAUGACUGGUUCCUGUUCACUGGAUGGACACUGUACAGCUGAACCAAAAGUGUCCCUCCAUGAACCAACCUAAAUGUCAGCGCAGCACCAGCAACCGUUCACCUUCAGCAUCUCAACAUCUCCCAUAUUCUCCUCUCCCUUAAAGGCUCCUUCUGCCCAUGUGUGCUUCUGUUUGGACAGUCCUGCUGGCCUCCAGCCAGUGUGUAUAGUAUGGUGAGAAAACAGCCCAUUGGGAGCAGUGGACCAGGGUUCAGGAGAGGCCUCUGGGAAACUGGCCACGUCUCUUUCACUCUCAUCCCUGGACCUGAAGACCUACAACUGACCAAUCAGAUGCAGUCUAUGCUGUCCCCCGGCUCUUACUGUCUCCGCUUGCUAAGUAUCCCUGAAGCUAGUCUCUCUCUCCUCUUCCCACGUCUCCCGUCUCAGUCACACUCUAUUUUCUCCCUCCCUCUGUCCAUCCAUCAUUCAUUUCUUUCCAUCACACCCUCUAUCCAUCAUACAUCUAUCACUGAAUCGGUCUACCCAAGCAUUCCUCCCAGCCACCAUUACAUAUCUUAAUUAUCUUUAAAGGAAUAGCUUAUAUAAAAAUAUAUUAUUUAAAUAUGUAUUUUGGUAUUACUUUACAGUAAGAUUUCAUUUGAUAACACUGGUUAAAUAUGUUAGUUAAUCUGAAUUAACAAUGAACAGUACUUUUUUUUUAAGUGUAACUUUGAACCACAUACUUACAUUUUUUUUUUUUUUUUUUUACGGAAUAAACAGAAUGGGAAUAACUGCAUUUUGAUAGCAUAUUUAAACUGGUGUGAAAAUGUUUCUCAAACAACAACAAAUGCCAUUUUAUUGAAAAUGAUGUGUAAUCAUUUUCAUCAUCUGAACACAAACGUGAAAUAUAUUUCAGCACUUUGGAUGAACAGAAUUAGUCAAUAACAAUUACAAAUUUCUGUUCAUGCUGUACGCAAAGAUAUUUUAUACAGUUGUAUAAACUGUAUUUCAAAAUCACUUUUGUGUUACACUGAAAUAAUAAUAAUACAAAUAAAGGACACAAGGUUGAGUAAACAACAGAACAUAUUUUUUUUUUUUUAACAUGCCUGCCUUAUUAUUUACAGAUUCAUUUCUAACUGCUCAUUUCACACCUAUCUUCCAAUCUGUCUAUCCAUCCACCCACCCAUCCAUCCAUGGUGCAAUAAUUUCCAUCUGUUUAAGCUCUAUGACACCUUUCCUCCAUUCUCACCCUUCCCCCCAAAAAAAACACCUCUGUUUUGUCUCCUCUCAUCCCUCAUUUCUGUAUAGGACACUCACCUUCCUGUGACAUUCCUAACACGGACACUCCUUCAGGAUUCCUCCUGCAGUCGAACCGGGAUGUCCCACCCACCCCCAGCCUGCCUCCACUGGACCCCAUGGGAUGAAAGGAUGACCAAGGAAGAGGGUGGAAGUCUAAUGAAUAAGUGAUUAAGAUCGACAGUGUCUGGGGGUCUGCUGUUGUACUCAUCUUGAUCCCACAAUUUUAAUUUCAUCUCACUCAACUACACAAGCAGACCCCAUAAACCCACCGUCAGGUCCCUGAAGUACCAUUAGCACAGGUGUGAACUCUACCCCCCUCCCUUGUUCCUGACCCUGACCUUGUGACCCCGGGCUGCCAGGACACCGUGACUGAGGAGGCCACCAUGAGUCAGGAGGGGCAGCAUGACCCCCUCCACCCAGACACACCACCUCCAGAUACACCCCCAGCACCUGGAGACGAGGAGGCCGACGGAUCUAUGGCGAGAGAGCUGGAGCCCUGCAAUGGGACAAAGACAGAGGAGGAGCAGCAAGGUGAAGCAGAAGAUGGAGAUACAGAGAGUAACAGAAACACACAGUCCAGUGCAGAGGAGAAGGUGACAUUAGAAGAGGAAGGUAGAAACCGUGAGAUUGAGAGCAGCUGCUUAGAUCCUGUAACAGAAAAUGGUAAUAGGGACAUCAGUGAAGGUGAAGACACACAGCUGCUGCCUCAAAGCCCAGAAAACGACUCAACCAAGUCCCUGUGUGCUCUAAGGUUUGAGAACGGGAACGUAGAUGACAGCGAAGGGCAGGAGGAUGAGGAGGGGGUCCUGGAGGAGCCUUCAGCACAGGGGAACCUAGACGCCUUCAGCUCCACGUUUGAGCUCUCCGUAGAAGAAGCAGAUGCUGAGAUAGAGAACGAGGAUGGCGGAGAGGAAAGGGAGACCCGAAAUCAGGACAGUUUCAGCUCUACAUUUGAGAGCAUUGUGGAGCAGGUCGCCAAGACAACGGCUGUGGAGGAGGAAGAGGACGACGGAGAGGAAGAGUACGACACGACGAAAGAGACCCAGGAUGGCUUCAGCUCCACGUUUGAACGCAUCGUCGAGUCAGAGCUUCUAAGAGGCGGGACUUGCUACAGCAGUCUGGAUUCACUGGACGUGUUAUCGCUCACUGAUGAGACGGACAGCUGCGUCAGCUUUGAGGCACCCCUCACCCCUCUCAUCCAGCAGAGGGCCCUAGUAGGCCCUGAACCUCCAGAACUGGAGCUGGAGACCGUGCAGGAAGGGGCUGAGAGUGAGGCUGAGCUAGGGACGGAGAUGGCAAGGGAUGAAGCCAGCUCUGCAAGUCCACUACGGACCACUAUUCCAGGAAGCAGGUCGGAAAAUAUCUUGAGCCAGCCGGCACAAUGGAGCAUCCCUAAUGGAUUCCACAUUGAGCUGCCUGGGAAUGGAGAGAAUGGAGGAACAAUGCCAAACUCUAUCAGUGAUGCUAGCCUCACAGAUGUGCUGUGUGACUCGGAUUCUGAGUUGGGCAGUGUGGACACGCUGGAGAGAGGAAGCACGGAUACUCUCGCCAACGGCUGCCGCGUCGACGCAGAUGCUGCCAAACGAUUGGCUAAGCGACUAUUUUAUCUGGAGGGCUUCAAGCGCUGUGACGUGGCUCGACACCUGGGCAAGAAUAAUGAAUUCAGCCAGUUGGUGGCAUCGGAGUACCUGAGCUUCUUUGAUUUCACAGGGUUGUCAUUAGACAGAGCGCUGAGGAACUUCCUGAAGGCGUUUCCUCUGAUGGGAGAGACACAGGAGAGAGAACGUGUGCUGGUGCACUUCUCCAAACGCUUCUGCUACUGUAACCCAGAAGCCCUCACCUCAGAGGAUGGUGCUCACACACUUACCUGCGCACUAAUGCUUCUUAACACAGACCUGCAUGGACACAAUAUUGGGAAGAAGAUGUCUUGCCAGCAGUUCAUUAGCAAUCUGGAUGGCCUCAACGACGGCAAAGAUUUUCCCAAAGAAUCUCUCAAGGUGCUCUAUAACUCAAUAAAGAAUGAGAAGCUGGAGUGGGCGAUUGAGGAAGAUGAGUUGAGGAAGAGUCUGUCGGAGCUGGUGGACGAGCAGUGUGAGGCGGGAGGGAAGAGGGUUGUCAGGGUAACGGACAGCAGUAACCCUUUCAUCGCCAUUCCACUUUUGCUUAAUGCCGUGACGUACAAACACGGCGUUCUGACACGCAAAAGCCACGCAGACAUGGACGGCAAACGCACCCCAAGAGGACGCAGAGGCUGGAAGAAGUUCUAUGCCGUGCUGAAGGGGAUGAUUCUUUACCUGCAGAAAGAUGAGUACAAGCCUGAUAAAGAUCUGUCAGAGGUGGACCUGAAGAAUGCAGUACGGGUUCACCACGCUCUUGCUACUAGAGCCUGUGACUACAGCAAAAGACAGAACGUCCUCAAACUCAAGACCUCGGACUGGAGAGUGUUCCUCCUGCAGGCCCCGAGUGAAGAGGAGAUGAUGUCAUGGAUUUUCAGGAUUAAUCUGGUCGCUGCUCUUUUCUCGGCUCCUGCUUUUCCCGCUGCCAUCGGCUCCAUGAAGAAAUUCUGCCGACCGCUACUGCCUUCAUCCACCACUAGACUCAACCAGGAAGAGCAACUGAAGUCCCAUGAGAACAAACUGAAGCAGAUUUCUCUGGAGUUGGAGGAACACAAGAGGAGCCCACCAGACCUGACCCCCAAGAGCAAAGAAUCAGAAGAGUAUCGAAUCAAAGAGCACUAUUUAACCUAUGAGAAAUGUCGCUAUGAGACAUACAUCAGUCUCCUGCAGGCCAAGGUUCGCACAGGAAGUGAUGACUUGGAUAAGAUUGAAGCCAGCCUGUUCAGUGGGGAGGGGAAAGAAGGUUACCUGCGCAAAACUCAGUCCAGCCCAUCAAUCAGCCAAGGUCAGGGGGUCAACGGACGGGCCGGUCAUAAACACACCCCAGAUCACAAUAGCUGAAGAGCCUUCUUCGACCUCUGAACUCAUGUGACACACUCACGUUUGAGCCUGAUUGCAGUGGGUUUGAAUAUGUGAGACAGUGUCGAGAGAAAUACAAACCGUAGCAUUAUAAUGUCCUUAUUAUUUCAAAGUACAGUAAAUUUAUUAUGACCAUAAUGUAUAUUAUUAGUAUUAUUACUACAACAAAAAACAUAGUUAAUUGUGCUAUAAACAUUAUUAUGUGCCAAAAAUGAAAAAAUGAGGAGACCAAGACUGUAUAAGUGGGAAGAAAUGACAACACUGCAUAUAAAGUUAAGAGAAGGUGAACUGUGGCAUUACAAAUGCAUUGUGGAAGAUGCACUGUGACAUGCAGCCAUGUUGUGAUGUCAUUUAGUAUUUUAAGCCUGGCUCACACUACAGGAGUUUUAAAAUCAUAACUGAUUUUGAAAUUUGGUUGCAGCACACACAUAAGGAGAAUCUUUGCAGCUGAUCUUCCCUCAAAUAUUAAAGAUGCACACACUACAAGAUUUGAACAUCGUGGCACAUCACACACUGCAAGAUAUCAUUAAGAUCAUGCUAGAGGGAGCACUUCACGUGAUCUCACGCAGCAGAUCGUCACAGAAUAUAUAUUUUUUGUUUUGUUUUAGCAUGCUAGCUUUCUCCACUCACCUGGUUUUCACUCAUUUCACUCCAGCACCUCAAUUUCUCCUUACAGUUGUGAUGUGUUUUCGACACAUUACAGACAGUUGUGUUCAUCAAGUAAAAGUCUUCUAUCUCCACUAUCCAACGAAGCCCUACAUCAGCUGUUUUGCAGUUUUGCGCAUUGGCUGUGAAAGUACUGACGUAAUCAUAUAGCCAUCAUCAUUCCAAAUAAAUCCUAAAUAUCAAACAUGUUUGAAAAUAAUCGGGGCUGCUGAUAAUAAUCGGUAAACGCACUGAUCCGAUAAAAAAAUAUUACCAGAUAAUCCGCGCCAAACAUUGGGACAGAUCGAGGUGCUCGACAAGAUGUUCGCUCUGAUUCUCGGGAGGGGGAAAUCGGGGCUAAAUCAGGCAAAAAAUCCUGCAGUGUGAGCCAGGCUUUACUGUGACACACAAAGAGAUUCAUUUAGGUUCCAUUAAAGGGACAAAAUAUGACCCUCAUAUCAUUCCAAAUCUGUACGAUUUUCUUUGGAGGAACAUAGAAGAUAUUUUAAAGAAUGUUGGGGCCUAAACAACAUCAUUCCCCAUUUUCUUUCAUUGUAUGAAAAAAAAGAAAACUGCACAGACAUUUUUCUAAACAUAAUCUUUUGUGUAAUGCAAAAGAUGGAAAGUCAUACAGGUUUUGGGUGACUUGAAGACAGAAUUUGUCAGUGUUAAAGUCCGUUUAUAUGUGGAGAUGACAAUGAGUAUUGGUCAAUAGAUCGACCAAUAAAGCGCUGCAGUGAUAGUAUUUUUGUAGGCCAACCUGAAAGUUUGCACAACCUUGCUUCCCUCAACAACAACUUUAUUGCAGAAAAGAAGCUCCGUGUCCGAUAAAAGUUUAUGAUUCUUACAUACUUUAUUCAACAUAAUAAUCUUCAGAAAUGGACAAAAUUGUAUGACUUUUGACACCUAAAGCCUGGACACACCGAGCCAACAGCGAGCGACCGUCGGGCUAGUUUAUUUGCUGUGUUCUACUCGUCGGCUCUAAUUGGAUGUUCAGUUUAGCAAACAAAUCAGUGCCCGAGAAUUAAAUUGAAAGUGAUGAAAACAAUCAUGUGAAUGAAGGUGGUACAGACAAAAGGCUGUUUAAAUAUUACAUGAUAUUUAUAGGUGAAUGUUUUCAACAUGAGCCACUUAAAAAGAUUAAAGUUACUGAUAUUCCAAAUGGCAAGCAAGCGCUGCUUUGUUUACCUUUCGUAUAUCUGCGUUUAUCUCGUAUAUCUUUAUUUCAGUUUCUCCUUUUGAAUGACGAAUAUAAAUACUAUUAUUAGCUGCUGAUAUGAACAGCUCGUUCCUCUCAGGCAUGCGCAGAAUGACCGUGUUAGUUUGCCAUCGGUUUUAGUCUGUGCGGUAUGUUACAGCGCAGGUUUUUGGUCCAAUGCUUUCGUUGCCGCUAGUUCUUUGAAGUUGGCUUGGUAUGUCCGGGCCUUAAAUAUAAUCAACAAAAGUAAAAUGCUAAACAUAGGCUAUCAGUGAAUUACACCAUGGCCACAUGACUUCAACUUCUCCGCUAUUUACCUUCAAACAACUCUUUCAAUCAAUGUUUUUUUGUAUCCCUAAAAUGCAAUUUUUUUCAGGUUUUGGCCUAUAAAAACAUGUCAUCUCUGCAGCACUCUAUAGCAUGCAGUUAAGGUGGGACUGUCGGUUUAACUGACCAAUGGCAGACAGGGAGAGUUCUGAAAAUCUGUUUGAAAAGUCUAAACUGCAAUUCCGCACAGAAGUGACACAUUUCACCUUUAAAUAAAUCAUGACAUCACUUUGCAGUGUUUGACAUUCUUUAUGACAUCACAACGUGUGUGUAUCCCAAGGCUGUGUGUAGUAAUGGCUUCCUGAUUGACAGGUCUGCUUUAGAUGUAGGAUUUGAUGUACUUGUGAGAUGCUCACAGUAUCGGUCUCAUGAAGUGGCCAGUUUAAGGGCUUUGCUACACGUUGGGGUGCAUGUAAAGAUUCAUGUGGGCUGUUUAUAGUGUUAUAUAACUACCCCCUUGUAAUUAUUUAUUAUGUUAUAUUUAUUAAUUGUAAAUUUAUAUUCUCCUUUUGGAGAAAAUAUAGCGGGAAGUCGCUUGUAAAGAUGACUACAUUUGACUCUUGAUUAGUUUUACCUGCACCCUUGUUGUUUUUUGUUUGUUGUUUUAACUCUCUUAACUAAGGAGCUGACGGUUGAUUAAUGGAUCCAGGGAUAUAUCCGAUGUUGGAAAAUACGGUGUCUUAACACGGGACAGGGUAUGGGACAUUGUAUGCACACAAGCGAGGAAGGAAGACUGCAAGUUGAGUCUGAAUAUGCAAAACAGUGACGAAGAGGAAAAAAAAUUGGGACUGAAAGCGACGCCCUCAUUUUCUCUAUUCAGUGGACCACAAAGCCUCUAUGUGUUUCUAUGUGCCUGCAGAAAAUUCAACCUGGACUGAAUAUUGAGCAGCAGGACUGCAAACAACACACCAUGAACCUCCCUGCUUCUUCAUCUGAAUCGCUGUAGCGUAUCGAAACGUCUCAAUCCUGGAAACGUGUCACUUUUGAAGAAGAUAAUUGUUCUUGAGCCACCAAAUAGGACUCUGAAACUUAACGGUACAAACUUUGAGCAAGUGCAAGUAGAUUUUUAUAGUCCUGUCGUAAAGCAUGAGGACGUGAGAGAUUGAGCUUUUGGCUCUUUUAUGCUUUAUGGAUGUGGAAUGACAUUAGAGCUGCAAUUUUAUACAUUCUUAGUAAUGGCUUUCUUAAAAGGGACCUCUAUAGCCUUCUUUUCGCUUUGGCUGUUGUGCUAACAUGAUUUUCCCAUUUAGGGUAGAACUCCGAUGCUGUUGUAAUAAAAGAUUGUGAUUAUUUCACCAUCUCAA